AAAACUUCCUAUGUGAUCAUUGUGUGAGCAUAUCAUAUUCAUUCUUGAAAAAAUAACCUUUUGAUUUUCGGCAAAAAUAAUUCAUUUUGGAACAAUGUAUCAACAUAAUUAUCGUCGAUCACAGCAACAACAACAACAUCAACAGCAGCAGCAACAACAACAAAAACAAGGUUCAAAAGAUUCACCGAUUAAAUGUGUUUAUAUUGAUGGUUUGGUUGUAUUGAAAAUUAUUAAACAUUGUCAUGAAGAAGGUAGUUCAAGUGAAGCACAAGGUGUUCUACUUGGUUUAGUAUUCGAUAAUGCAUUGGAAGUAACAAAUUGUUUUCCAUUUCCACGUUCAAAUGAUGAUGAAGAUAAUGAAGAAGCAGCCGAAUAUCAAUAUACAAUGAUCCGGUAUUUGAAAAAUGUUAAUGUUGAUCAUUUACAAGUUGGCUGGUAUCAAUGUAGCCCAUAUGGUAGUCAAUUGAAUAAAAUCGAAACAAUUGAUUCACAAUAUUUGUAUCAAGGUACUAUUGAAGAAUCAAUUGUUUUGCUAUUCGAUCCGAUUCGUACACAACGUGGAUUUCUUUCAUUGAAAGCUUACCGGCUGACAAAAGCUGCAAUGAAUCUUUGUAAAGAAAGUGAUUUUCGUCCAGAAAUUCUUCGUCAAAAUAAAAUGUCAUUUGAAAAAUUUUUCGAAGAAAUACCAAUUAUUAUUCGUAAUUCACAUCUUUGUAAAGCAUUAUUAUUGGAAAUUGAUGAAGAUAUGCCUAUUGAUGGUGGCCGUCAAUUAUUGGAUAUUGGUGGAUUUUCAUUAGUGGAAAAAAGUCUGCAAUCACAUAUAAAAUCGGUUGAAGAUUUAAAUAAACAAACAUCAAAUCUACGUAAUCAGAUUAUUAAACAACAUGAAAUUGCUAGAGAAAAUAUGAAUCGUUCAUUGGCUAAAAUGCCAACAAUGAGUGAAGAUGAAAUGGCCAAACUAUUAAAACCAUUCAAAUUAACACCAUUACAGCAUUUGGAAAAUCUUUUAAAUUAUUCUCAAACACAUAAUUUUUGUCAACAAUCAUCAUUGUAUUCAACACAAAAUAUUGGCAAACUUUUUAUGGCUAAAUCUUUACAUAAUAAUUAAAUUGAUUGAUUGAUUGAUUGGGAAAAUUUUUGAAAAAAUUUCUUUCAAUUUAUUAAAUAAAUAAAAAUAAUUU